CGCGGGGCGGGGAGGCGGCCCGGGGCGUCCGGCCGUGAGGCGCGGGGCGGCGGCGGAGGGCGGCGGAGGGCGGCCUGGCCUGGGCAGGGCUCGUCCCCCUCGCCGCCCCGCCUCCUGCACACGCGCGGCGGCCGCGGCGAGGGGGCUCCGGGCGGACUCGGCUGAGGGUCGCUCCGCUGCUUGUGUGUCUCCUCUCUCGCACCCAGCCCGGGCCGGCGAGGAGCGCGCGGGGGGCCAUGGCCGGCCCGGAGGACGCUGCCCGCGGCUGCCCGCGCGCCUGAGCUCGCCCCCUGCACCAUGGCCCGGCGCCGCGGACCCCGCCGGCCUCCCCAGGGCCCCCGCGGAGGACGAGCGGCCCCGGCCCGGCGCUGAGGCCUCCCCGCCGGCGGCCAAGUGGACAGUCCUUCUUCUUUCCCCACGCGUGUGUCGUGAGGUCUACGUGGCCUGUGUCCUUUUUACUUUUCUCGUGGUUUGGGAUCCUUUUUUUUUUUUUUUUCUUAAAUUUUGGGGUGUGUGUGUGUGUUUUGAGAACUUGGGCAGCCCAGGAGGAGAGGUGGUGCAGGUGGCGGUAGUGGCGGCAGCCGGCACCGGGGAUGGAGGUGGUGGACGCGCAGGAGCUGGGCGUGUUCGCCGAGGACGAGCUCAUGUCGGUGGCCAUGGACGCCUUCAUCCACCGCAUUGACUCCACCGAGGUCAUCUACCAGCCCCGGCGCAAGCGAGCCAAGCUCAUCGGCAAGUACCUGAUGGGGGACCUGCUGGGCGAGGGCUCGUACGGCAAGGUGAAGGAGGUGCUGGACUCGGAGACGCUGUGCCGGCGCGCCGUCAAGAUCCUCAAGAAGAAAAAGCUGCGACGGAUUCCCAAUGGGGAAGCCAACGUCAAGAAGGAGAUCCAGCUGCUGCGGCGGCUGCGGCACCGCAAUGUCAUCCGGCUGGUGGACGUGCUGUGCAGUGAGGAGAAGCAAAAGAUGUAUAUGGUGAUGGAGUACUGCGUGUGCGGCAUGCAGGAGAUGCUGGACAGUGUUCCUGAGAAGCGCUUCCCCGUGUGCCAGGCCCACGGGUACUUCUGCCAGCUCAUCGACGGCCUGGAGUACCUGCACGGCCAGGGCAUCGUGCAUAAGGACAUCAAGCCGGGCAACCUGCUGCUCACCACCAGUGGGACCCUCAAGAUCUCCGACCUGGGGGUCGCUGAGGCCCUGCCCCCCUUUGCCGCGGACGACACAUGUAGGACGAGCCAGGGCUCCCCAGCCUUCCAGCCACCCGAGAUCGCCAAUGGCCUGGACACCUUCUCUGGCUUCAAGGUGGACAUCUGGUCUGCUGGUGUCACGCUCUACAACAUCACCACGGGCCUGUACCCGUUCGAGGGUGACAACAUCUAUAAGCUCUUCGAGAACAUUGGCAAGGGCGACUACACGAUCCCUGGUGACUGCGGCCCCCCGCUCUCGGACCUGCUGAAAGGAAUGCUGGAGUACGAGCCGGCGAAGCGAUUUUCCAUCCGGCAGAUCCGGCAGCACAGCUGGUUCCGGAAGAAGCACCCCAUGGCCGAGGCGCUUGUGCCCAUCCCGCCCAGCCCGGACACCAAGGACCGCUGGCGCAGCAUGACUGUGGUGCCCUACCUGGAGGACCUGCACGGGGGCGCUGGCGAGGACACCGACGGGGAGCGCUUCGACCUCGAAGAGGACAUCAUCUACACUCAGGAAUUCACCGUGCCCGGGCAGGUCCCAGCGGAGGAGGUCGGCCAGAACGGACAAAGCCGGGGCCUGCCCAAGGCCUUGUGCAUGAACGGCACCGAGUCAGCACAGCUGGGCAGCAGAGGGAGGGCCCCCGCCUCGGCCCGCAAGGCCUGCGCCACCAGCAGCAAGACCCGCCGACUGUCCGCCUGCAAGCAGCAGUGAGGGCCCGCCUGCAGCUGCCUCCAGGAAACCCGCCAGGUGCCCGGGCACGGGCUCUCGUCUUCCUGCCGGCCCAGGCCAAGCAGCCGCUGAGACAGGCUGUGCCAUGCCUGUGGGUCGGCUGCCCCCUGCGGGCCGUGCCAUGCCUGCGGGCU